AUGCCAUUCACAGGAUUCAAAAUCGUACGCCAAUAUAAAAUAUCCGGGUACGCUCCCCCCAUAUCCAUGCACUUUCUCACUAUAGCUCAUUGUAGCCGUGGAAAAGUUGAUUAUAAAAAAGUGUUGCGGACUCAAACUAGUAACUUUGUUGACUGGGAGGUGCCCUUUUGUUUAUUGAAACCAAAACUAAGUGAGCAAGUAGUGGGGAUGAAUCAAAUGCUGAUACAGAAGCAUAAUAGAGAUAUUAAUAUGAUAACCAACAAGGCAUGCUCCAGCAAUAAUUCAUGUUCAUUCUCAAUGAGGAAUUGCGCCUGUUCAAAUGUAACGCAACUUGAAUCCAAUAGUAUUACUGAAUCAUCCUCCUUGAACAAUGUAUUACACACAAUCAAGUAUAAAACCAGCAAGAUCAAACAGUUGUUACGCAAGAAAUUUGAUUUAACUAUGGAGAAAUUAACAAAUGGUAAUUGGGUUGAAUAUAGCGGUAAGAAUAAAAACAUCAAAUUUGAACUGCAACAACGUCUGCAACAACACCGGACAUCUAUGGCAGGCGAGUACAAUAAAUUCGAUGGUGGUAACCAACAACUGCAACAACUGCAACUGCUAUCAACUAUAUCCCUUCACACCGCAUUAACUCAAGAAAUCAAUAAUUUAAUCUGUUACAAAAUGGCACGCCGUAAAAAAUACGCUAAACGCAAAAUAUCCUUCUUCAUGCCGCAUACAUUUGUCGGUGGUUUGUAUGAAUGUUUGAUACCACUAGAUCAAAAACAUCAAAUUCUCGAGUCCUUUUUAAACGAAAGCAGCAUCAAUAACCUCGGGAGUCCCUCCUCCCCUUCAGCUUCACCAUUUUUCAUGGUGCUGCAGAACUUCCAAAUCAAAUGUGAUCCCCAUUUAUCACGGCCGCUAGCACCACUAAUCGCCGAAGAUUCCACUAAACAAUGGUUCGAGAACAAGUUGCACCACGUGUUGAAUCCCAAGUUGAUCCAGACUAUACCUUACUUAACAACGGUACCACCGUCAUCAUUAUCUACGGCAAACAUGUUAUUUCCUUCAUUCAAUCUCCUCCGAUUCACACCAUGGCAACAACAAGAAUCAUCCCCUGACAUGAACCUCCAUUCAUGGGCCAGCAAGAUUGAAGUGAACGAGGAGUAUAAUUACGACGAUGUUGAUUUACACGUGGUGAGCAAAAUGGUGGCGUACCUGGCCAAUCUCCUCAAUCAAUUGAUUGCGCCCUUGGAUUUUAAUUGGUUGGUGAAGAGUUACAAUCGAGCCAAUGUAAAUGAACGCGAUCCUGCAUCUGACAGUGCAUCAUCAUCUCCUCUUGAGUAUGGUGGUGAGGAGAUAAUGUUGGGCAAUGAUGAUUCAAAUGGGGAAGUUGUCAAGACAGCUGAAGCCAAAGGUGCCAGUGAUGGUUUAUCAUGGGAUCAAAAAGUUAGUUUUUGGUUGGCAACUUUAAAUGAAAACUACAUUAAUCGGAUCUUGCUAAAAAUCGAAGACAAAUGGGACAAACUCAACCUUGAUUAA